CGUCCGUAUAAGUACCCCCACCUAUCUCUCUCCUCACCGACGGUCUUCUGAUAGAUAGACAGUGAGACAACCAACAGAAUAACGGAGUUCGGUCGUUCCGGGUCUUCCCCCCCGAGCUGGAACUCGUUGAGUCCUACUCGCCGGUACCUGCUCGCCCCCCCAUUUCUGAUCCAGGGCCCCGGCAGCUCCCGAUCCGGCGACAGUAAUUUCAGGAAAGUAAGGUAGAUAUCACAAUGAAGGCCCUUAUUCUUGUUGGUGGGUUUGGAACACGGUUGAGGCCGCUGACUCUCAGUGUCCCCAAACCACUAGUCGAUUUUGCUAACAAGCCUAUGAUCUUGCAUCAGAUAGAAGCACUCAAGGCUGUUGGAGUGACUGAAGUGGUUUUGGCUAUAAAUUACCAGCCUGAGGUCAUGCUGAAUUUCUUGAAGGAGUACGAGACCAAGCUCGGGAUUACGAUAACAUGCUCGCAAGAGACCGAGCCACUUGGUACAGCCGGUCCCCUAGCUUUGGCGAGGGACAAGUUGAUAGAUGAAUCAGGGGAGCCAUUUUUCGUCCUCAAUAGCGAUGUGAUUAGCGAGUACCCGUUCAAGGAAAUCAUUGAAUUCCACAAGGGUCAUGGAGGAGAGGCCUCUAUUAUGGUAACAAAGGUGGAUGAGCCUUCCAAGUAUGGUGUGGUUGUCAUGGAGGAGUCGACUGGUAGUGUUGAAAGAUUCGUAGAGAAGCCCAAGUUAUUUGUGGGUAACAAGAUCAAUGCUGGUAUUUAUUUGUUGAAUCCAUCAGUCCUCGAUAGGAUUGAACUUCGGCCUACCUCAAUCGAGAAAGAGGUCUUCCCAAAGAUUGCCGCGGAGAAGAAGCUCUUCGCCAUGGUUUUGCCAGGAUUCUGGAUGGAUGUUGGGCAGCCUAGGGACUACAUCUCUGGGCUGAGGCUCUACCUCGACUCAAUCAAGAAGAGGUCACCAGAGAGGCUUACAACUGGUCCCAACAUCGUUGGGAACGUCCUGGUUCACGAGAGUGCGAAGAUUGGGGAAGGAUGCUUGAUCGGGCCUGAUGUCGCGAUUGGACCAGGCUGCAUAAUAGAGUCGGGGGUCAGACUGUCCCGGUGCACAGUAAUGAGGGGGGCCCGUGUUAAGAAACACUCAUGCAUCUCGAGCAGCAUCAUCGGGUGGCACUCGACGGUAGGCCAGUGGGCUAGGGUCGAGAACAUGACCAUCCUCGGGGAGGAUGUCCACGUCGGGGACGAGAUCUACAGCAACGGAGGCGUGGUCCUCCCACACAAGGAGAUCAAGUCGAGCAUCCUGAAGCCCGAAAUAGUCAUGUGAUGAGCAACUCGGGGGCACAGUCUCCUCACAACAUGGUCAGAAACUAGAUUAGAACUGCAGUUUCUUGUAAUGCUUCUUCCCGAAUCUUCUUCUUUCGAGCUUCGGCCCGAUGUUAAUUGUUCCUUCUCCUACACAAAGUGUACAAGCUGGUUCCAUCUGUAUCCUUAGCUUCAACUCUUGGUAUUGUGUUAAGUUGUUGAGAGGUGUUUCAGAGAGUCGGGUCAUGAUUGGUGUGGGUGUGAGGUUGUGCAUCUUUUUUCAGAAUCAUCAUCAUGUAUAGUAAUAAAUCAUCAAUGCUCCCUUUCCUUGGCCUUCUGGAAAUUUAUGAAGA